UCACUUCAUCAGGUCACCUCUGUCUGCAGCCUCUUCACUACCUCCUUCGGUUAAUCAUGUCUCCUGCCGCUACACCGAAGAGCAGUGUCCUGACAUUGGUGCUAAUGGUUGCCUCCGCUUCCAUUGGAGGAACUCUACAGUAUGGCUACAACCUCGCCAUCAUGAACGCUCCAACUAUUUUCAUUCAAACAUUUGUCAAUGAAACCUUCCUGGAGCGCUGGGACAUCCAGCUGGAGGACUACCAGGUGACUCUAGUCUGGACAAUCAUUGUCGCCAUCUUCUCGUUGGGGGGCUUUGCGGGGGCUCUUAUCGCAGGACCUAUGACCAUACGCUACGGGAGGAAGAAAUGCCUGUUGCUGAACAACAUCUUCCUGAUGUCUGGAGCACUCUUAGCUGUGACAAGCAGAGCCGCCAAGUCUUUUGAGAUGAUCAUUAUCUCACGUGUCCUCGUUGGAAUAAAUGCCGGGAUCAGCAUGAAUGUGCAGCCCAUGUAUUUUGGAGAAAGUGCCCCAAAGCACUUAAGAGGGGCUGUGUCACUGUCAUCAGCCGUGUUCACAGCAUUUGGUGUUGUGUUGGGGCAGGUGGUCGGACUCAGAGAGAUUCUGGGCAGUGAGCCAUGUUGGCAGUAUCUACUUGCCAGUAAUGCCAUUCCUGGCUUCAUCCAGCUCCUGACCCUGCCGUGGUUCCCAGAGAGCCCCAGAUACCUGCUCAUCGACAGAGGAGACAAGGAGGCCUGCAUUAACGCUUUGAGACGGCUGGCAGGGUGUGAAGCCCUGAGCAGUGAGCUCGAAGAGAUCCAGCAGGAACAGGCUGAAACCAAAGGCAUGAGGCCUCGGCAACCCUGGGAGCUUUUUACUGAUCGCUCAGUGCGCUGGCAGCUUAUCUCCGUCAUGAUCAUCAGCAGUGCCAUGCAGCUCUGUGGCAACGACUCGAUUUACUUCUAUGCAUCAUAUGUAUUCAAAGAGGCCGGAAUAUCUGCUGAUAAAAUCCAGUAUAUCACAAUUGGCACUGGCACAUGUGAAUUCACAGCCUGUAUAAUGUGUAACCUGCUGAUAGAGCGCAAAGGUCGGAGGUUCAUGCUGAUGGGAGGAUACAUCCUCAUGACCAUCUGGGCCGUUGUCUUCACAAUUGCUCUGUCCUUUGAGCAACAUGUAUCAUGGAUGCCGUACCUGAGCAUGGCCUGCAUCUUCACCUACAUUCUCAGCUUUGGCAUGGGACCAGCUGGAGUGACUGGUGUUCUGCCCACAGAGAUCUUUAACCAGACUGCUCGGCCAGCAGCCUACAUGAUCGCUGGCUCCAUGAUGUGGCUCAACCUUUUCAUCACGGGAAUGAUCUUUCCAUUUCUAGUGAGCGGGUUGAGUGAGUACUGCUUUGUGCCUUUCGCAGCGAUCUGCCUGUUUUCUGCGCUGUACAUCGGCCUGUUUCUGCCUGAGACCAAGGGGAAAUCUCUGUCGGCCAUCACAAGUGAAUUCCACAAGCUCAACUUCAAAGGCCAGGACGAAAAGCAAACUAAAGCUCAGUAUCAGCUGGGUGAAGUGUGUCAUUCCACAGCCUUGUAGACAGACUUUUUAUCCUGAAACGCACACGGUCAUAUCCGCUGUACGCCUCACUCUGACCUGAUCUGCUUGAGCUGGAAGACGGCCUGUACGUGGCAGUGUCACUUUAACAGCACUGGAAGAAACUUGGAUCUAUUUUUACUCCUUUAUCUUGAGUUUGUUUUACCUUUUACAUCUUCACUUAAGUUUUGCUAUGUGAUAAUCAUGAGACAAAACUAAUUAAGUCUGCUGUAUACUGGCAGUGGAUGAGUCAGCUGCUACCUCUGAAAACACAUAAAGAUGUAUCUAGGUAUAAAAAACCCACUUCAGCCUAGCAAAUGAACAGUAAUACAUUUUAUUAAGAUUUUAUAAUUUUAUCUCUAUUUCUUAGAAUAAAGUUGUCAUCGAUGUUACCAGCGUUUUUAACAACAUGUCCUUGCUGUAUCCUCUCAUUUGGGAGGUGAAAGGUCAGAGGAAGCUGCACAGCAGGCCUCCCAAUUAAAUGACCAACAGAGUACUGAGGUCUUUGCUGUGUGGCAGAUGAUGGACCAAAUCAAAGAGAAUGUAUUAAAGCUGGGGUAGGUAGAAAUCUGUAAAAAGCAAAAAAAAAAAAAAAAACUCUUUCCCGUCUCUGUCAUAAGCC